UUCCUCGUGUCGUCUCCUUCCAAGCGAAUUUUGCUAACCUAGCCCAGCCCUCUUUCGGUCGCACACCUCCGCCGCCAACCUCCAGCUCCGGCUCGCGAGACACCGCCACCACCCUCCCGCUAACCAGCCACAGCCUCCCCAACGCCCCUGAGCGCGCCGCCACCCUGCGUCCCCUGACCAUCGCGCCGUUGUUCUCCGACCUCCCUGCCAGUCGCCGCCGUCGCCGCCCUGACCAAGACCACGACGCCGCCGCCCCUUAGCACGCGGAGCGAGACAUUCGUCGGUCGAAUUUGCGCCGCCCCAGUCCAGUCCAGCUCCAAUACUGCAUCGGUCUAUCUAUUGUGCUCCCGUCCCCCCUGGCAGUGGCGACGAUGAAGAUUGAGAAAGCAAAUGCAGGGCAUCUCACCAACUUCGAAGUUCUCGACUUCUUACGGAAAAGAGGUGCAAAAACUGAUCCCAUGGGAUGUUUGGGGGCCGUUGCUGCAUCAGAGUGUAAGGUAUACGAGUACCUCCUGAAAACUCCUGCUUGCAAUCAGACAAGGGAAUCAGUUACUGAAUUUGCAAGCAGAUGUGAGGGUUUCAAGCUUACCAAUGCUGACAAGCAAAACAUUAUCAAUUGGAGGCCAACCUCAGCAGCUGAUGUUUAUGCGAUGGUAGAGGAGUGUGGGAAGAGAUUUUGCAAGGACGAGCGAGGAUUGCCGCAGGAUGAAGAGGACCGUGCCAAGGAACUUGUGGCUCUUGUAAACGAGAUUUUUCCAGCACCGCCUGCAAAGCCAGAGGAUGAAGUGGAUGCGAAGCCAGAGGAUGAAGUGGAUGUGAAGCCAGAGGAUGUAGUGGAUGUGGAUAUGAAGGACAGCUGAAAGGGUUUAGUUCUGCUAUAUAUAUAAACGGUUUGAUUCUUGACGAGGGAUACAGACUUUUCGGAUCGACCUGUAGCUUAUCUAUGCAUCUGCAUACAUGUUCUGGGUAACUGCUCGCGGUGGCAGAAGGCCAAUAUUGUUUGAGGCAUCAAUGUCAGAAACAACAAAUUGACCUAUGAGCUUCAAUCGCAGUUUUGAGGUUCUCUU